UAGAUUAACUAAAAGUUAUCAGUUUUGAAUUAUCACUCAAACAACUCAAGUUUAAUUGCAAAAAAAAAAACAAGAUUUAAAAAAUGGCAAAACUCUUUGUAAUUUUGACAGUUUUCUGUAUUUUUGGAGGUGUUUUAGUUAAAGGAUUUGAUAAAAAGGCAGCUGUGGAAGCAUUUCUGGCAAAAACGGAUGACUGCAAAGCUGAAGUAGGAGCCAAAGAUUCCGAUGUUGAGGAAUUAGUUGGCAAGAAAGCUGCCUCUACUAUGGAAGGCAAAUGUUUACGUUCUUGUAUAAUGAAGAAAUAUGAAGUAAUGGACAAUAAUGGAAAAUUCCUUAAAGAUAUAGCCUUAACACAUGCUCACAAAUACACUGAUGGCUCUGAGGAAAGAAUGAAAAUUGCUAGUGAAAUAAUUGAUAACUGUAGUAGCAUUGACGUCGCAGAUGAUCAUUGUGAAGCUGCCGAACAAUAUGGAAAAUGUUUCAGUGAUCAAGCUAAGGCUCAUAAUAUAAAAGAUGAUUUUGAUUAUUAAAAAAAAAUAUAAAAUUGAUUUUGCAGAUUGGAAAUUAAAGAGUUUAAGGGCGAAUUUUUCUGUUAAAUAUAAUCUUUAUUCUUUGGUUAAACCUAGUUUAAUAUAUGUUUCGUGUUUUUCA